UGACUAGUGUGUAGUGCGUAUUACUUCCGUUUCCUUAUCUUCUUGGUUCUCGCUAGUUUUUUACUACCGUUUUUUUGUUUUUAAGUUCCUAUGUCUUCCAGCUAGUUUUCUAUUUUCCUCAUUUUUCUAGUCAAUUUCUUUGGUUAUUUUUGUUUAUCCUUUUCUAAGUUUUUGUUAAUCUAUCUCCGUUCCAUGUGGUAAGUCCGUCUUUUCUAACCUCUUUUUCCCGAUGACAGCCUAAAAAUGUCUGAUCCCCCAGUAGAUCCAGGGGACCCCCCUGGUAUUAACUCCCAAACCCAAAAUGCUUCUGUCUCCGUAAGUGCCGAUCCUUUAGUUAAUGCUACCGAAAGUAGAAAAACGAUUAUUCUUAAGAAAAUUGAUGAUUUAUUGUAUCCUGAUAACUCAACUGGCCCCUUUGUUAUCUCCUUAUCUUAUGAUGGUUUAGGUAACAAACAUGCUACCCUUAUAGGUGAAGCCCUUUAUAGAUGUAAUAUUGUCGGUAUUAAGUCCAUCAAAAAGAUUAACAAAAGUUUAGUCAAUAUCGAAUUUGUGAAACGCGAAUAUGCUAACAAUCUGGUUUCCAAUCACAAAACUAUUCUCCCCUAUGAAAAUGCUAGGGUUUUCAUUCCCCUCAAUUAUAUUACUCGUAGAUUAGUAAUCAAUGACGUACAUACAGACUUAGGCAUUGAAUCUAUAGGCAAUUAUCUAAAAGAUAAGUAUGCUAAUGUUAUCUCAGUUCGACGUAUCUUCCGAAGAAAUGAGAAAGGUGUUUUAACUCCUACCCCUAAACUCGAACUUCUUUGGGAAGGUACUACCCGUCCUGACUUCUUUUAUAUCUUCUAUUCUCGUUGCAAAGCUACCCCCUAUAUCUACAACGUUACAACCUGUUCUAACUGUUUAAACUAUGGCCAUCGUGCUGAAUUUAAGGGUAUCUUAACUUGUAAAGGUCUUAAUCGAUGCCCAAACUGCUCAGACCAACAUGCUGCGCAUGAUAUUUGCCCUAAUACAACCAAAUGUCUUCAUUGCAAAGGUCCCCACAAAACCUUUGACCCUUCCUGUCCUUCAUUACUUGAACAGAAAGCUAUUAAAAAAAUUAUGGCCUUUGAAAAUCUUAGCUUUCAUGAAGCAACCAAAAAACUUGAGAUGCUGAAAACCGAAAAUAUCAAACUGACCCUGAAUGACAGACUUCUAGCAAUCCAGAAUAAAAUUAAGGCAGGAGAGACCAUUUCUAUUGAUGAUAUCGAUCCCAAGAACUUCCCGGUUCUGAAUAAUAAAUAUCUAGUUCUAACCUCAAACAAUGACCAAGAACAAACAAGUCCUGAUAACUUUCAAUAUUCUAUCGACGACCUUAGAAGACCCUAUUCAGAAGUCGUUCUUUCCCCCUCUCUUAUAAGAAAGAAAGUUAAGAUUUCAGAGGUUAACGAUCCA